AAACCAGUUCUCUCGCUUGACGAAACUAUUGUUAAAAACGUCCAUAAUGCAUAAAAUAGUUCGUAAACCUGCGAAUAUUAGUCAUCCCUAAUAUUUCGUAGUAUCGCGCGUUGAACAACAUAUUUUCGCUUCACUGGAAAGAGGCAUUCGUUAACAAUACAACUUCGUCAAUUCGUUUCGCUUCCUUCCCGAGCAGUGAUGGUGUGCUAGAGGAAAAAGUAGAUCAUCUCGCGAACCAGAGCGCGUUACAACACACACGGGUCGUUUCGAUUACAUUCUCCUCCAGCGACGGAAAUUCUUCUUGGCUGGGGGGAGAAAACAGCGCAAUCCGUUUACCCACGUGAAGUAACAACAUUCACCAUCUCCACGAUUGGUGAAGUCGUAAAAUGUUCGUACAGUGAGGUGGCCAAGUGUGUGCUGGUGGCAAGAAGCAAAUGAACGUGGUGAAGUGUGCAUCAUCAUGACGGGUGCCUCCGAAGAAAGUAGCGAUUGAAAGAAAGUUGAUUGGUUCUGCGGAAGUGCCCAGGAGGUUGCACGCCAUUGAACGUGCCAGAGAAGGAAAAAGUGUGUGCACUCAAUCGUCCGCGAGCGUUUGUGUGUGUGUGUGCGUGUGUUUUGAAUAGCAAAAAUAAUAGUGGAAGUCCGUGCAAGCGAGCGUUUGUUUUCGAUAUAACAACGAAGUGCCACUGCCUAAGGCCAAAUUAGAAGGUAGAAGAAGUUACAGCAGGCUGCUCUAAUACACAAUCAUUGAUACAUCCAUCGGUCGGUGGUCGCGCACUGCAUUUGUACGAUUCCAGUUCCUGCCAAAGUACCAGCUGGAAAAUCCAGAACCAGCUAGCACACGAAUGCGAAUGGUAGACCGUACCGAACGCUCACCCGGUCAGUUGCCACACAAGCUGGGCAUUGCACUACCACAAACCAGAGGAAACGUCGAACGGUGGCCCACCAGCAACGGCAGCAUGAAAUGAACAGGCAGCAAUGGGUUCGCAAACGUUAAAAAUCCUGCGACAGGGUGUGCUGGCCAGCUUAACCGGUGGCUGGUACUAUGACGUGCAUCAGAAUGUCUUCUGCAAUGCCGUCCAUCUGUAUAUCUGGCUGUUUUUGUUGUUUCUUCCGUUCAUCAUUUAUAUGUACUUCCCGACCACCGUAGCCGUAUGGAGCAUUUAUACCGUGCUGGUGGCGAUCAUCAUCACGUUCUUCAAGAUGGUAAAUGUGGCACUUCACCGCAUGUACGAUCGAGCACGUACGCUCUCGGAAACGAACCUGAAAAAACCGGGAAGCGCAAAUUCGAAAGCACCGCGCGAAGUGGAUACGGGUAUCGGAAUCGGUGGUUCGGGCGAUGACGAGCCCGGCAUUGAAAUGCAAAUCCUUGGCACGGUGGAAGUGGUCGGUGGUACGCCACCGGUAAACGUAUCGUCACGAACCUCGGUCGAACAUCACAGCGAUGAAAACAGCUACGCGAACAGUGCAAUAUCGAUCGACUACCAAGAGGUGACCAGUACGAUCGACUUAAAGGUGGACGUCCAUCGAAAGAACAGCUCCGAAUCUAGCGAUAGUGGGCUGAGCGGUGCAGCUGCUAGUGCGGCGGGUGGUGCCGGGGGUGGUGGAACCAGUAGUGGAACCGCCGGUCUAGGAGCUGUGGUUGCAUCUGCGGCUUGCAGUGAUGCCUGUUUUCGGAGCGAUCGCAUCGCGGAAGCAAACAAUGAAACACCGUUCGGUGCACCGGUCGUACGAUACGGUGGACCGGUGCAAACGCACACGGCCGAAGUGUGCAGUACUGGUACGCACAAGCGUUCCCUUUCCACCCCCAAUCAGGAUCGGUUUUCCGAGCUGGUGCUCGAGACGGUUAUGCGCGAGAUGACAAGGGAGUUUGGAGAUUUACCGCUAGCUGCCGGUACGAACGGUAAUGGGGCUAGCAACGUAAAGGGUGACGCAGGGACGGGACCGCGAAUGGCGGGUGCACAAUCGAAUGCUUCGCUACGGCGUCAUCAGUACAAAUCGAAGCGGAAACAGCGUUUCAUGAACAGUCAGCUACAGCGCCAAAUAUCGCUCGAUUCGGAAAAGCUAAACGGCAGCAACGUGUUUGCUGAUGAACAAACCGACGGGGCACAGGGUGGUGGAGGGGGAGAGGUGUCCGAUGGUACGCGCAAUCGUCGCAGACCGGGUGGCGGAGGGAAUGCUGCCGGAACCGAGGGAGGAGGAAUGCAGCUGCAGCGGCACCUUAGCUCGGACGAUCAAAAUAACAAAUCGGUUGGUUCGUUGUUUCACCAUCAGCUGCAUCAUCAUCACCACCACCACCACCAUCAUCAUAUGCUGGCAUUGCAGAAUCUCGAGCCGGAUCUGUACAUGGACCAUAACUACACGAAAUCGGCUGUACAGCUCGCGAUAGCGGAUACGGGCAGUGGGAACGAUUCGUCGAACAAGAUCACCUACCUGCUGCAUCAAACCACACCAAUAAGGCGGGAUUCCAGCAGUACCAUGUCGGCGUUACAGCUACCGACGAUUGCAAGCAGUAGUAGUGGCCCCGUUGGUGGUUCCAUCGUUGGCGGUGUGUCCGGCGACGGUGUAGGUUCGGUUGGUUUAGGAACGGGUGGCGAACGGACGGUUAGUAGAGGUGGUAACAAUGCUUCCGGUAAACGACGUCGACACUCGAACACUACCAACACAACCAGCGGCAAUGGCUCCGGUAGACCGAUGCCACGCUCACUAACGUCCGUAAGGCGUAUAAAAAGUGCCGCACUGGAAACGUGCAGUCCCGCCUCGAUACCGAACCUCACACCGACACACCCGAACAGUGUGGAGGUGAUCGGUGGACAGACGCUGCGCAAUCCCCGGCAUACGGUGUUGCCACCGCCCAGCAAGUGCUUAUCGCGUAAUCCGUACCUGAAUCUGUUUACUAAAUCAAACGAGGGAAGCAGUGGAACGGGGCUGGUGGAUGUGUGUGGGGGCGGCGGUGGUUCAUCCAGCUUCAUGGUGGCCGGUUGUGAUAGUGCUGCCUUCGAAUCGGUACUACCCGGUGCAACAAACGCCGGCAGUGAACCGGUCUAUCCGAUCGCGGAACAGUCGGAUGAAAGUACACCGGUGAAGAGUACGGCCAUACGGUUGCUGGCACGUGAUGAAAACACCCCGCCGGUACAGCGGUUUGAUCUGCAUUCCGAUUCGGACGACGGUGAUGGGCUGGAGGAUGAGGACGAUGAAGAUGAAGGGGAGGACGAAGGUGACGAGGACGAGGAGGAGGAGGAAGAUGAAGAAGAUGAUGAUGCUGAAGGACACGAAGGAAAUAACGAUCGUGUGGUUCGAGAGGAUCGAGAGGAUUGUGUGAGUCGACCGGAGGAAAGAACGAAUCAGAGGGAAGGAGACAAUUAUUAUGCAGCGGAAGAACUGAAACAGAACGAACGAAUAGGUGAUAGUGAAGAGGAUCUCACAUUGCACGAUCAGUUAAGGCGAUUGCAUCACCAGCAGCAACAGCAGCAACAGCAAAGAGUACCAGAAACGGAACCGGUUGAGGGUGGCCGUGUUGUUGAGGAAGCAGCUGCUGGUGUCGAAUCGGAUAUGGAACAUCCCGACAGUGGGCUUCAGUCGACCGAUUCCGAUACGGAAACGAAUGCCGGUUCACGAUCUCCGUUGCUGGAACCGCGUACACAUCGAACGAAUUCCGAGCAGCAGGUCGGUACGGCCACGAUUGUAGAAGCGAAAAAUCCUGCCUGCUGUGCCAUAGUGCCUCCGAAAAUGAUUGGCAGCGAGGUAAAGAAGACGUCCUCGAGUCCAACGAUCAGCUGUAGCGAUAGUAGUACCACCAUGCACCACGUACACCAUCAUCACAUAUUGCGUCCGCCGCUCAAAGCGUUCGAAGAAACUGGAUGCCUUUCGUCGAGCGAUUGGGAGCAGGCGAGUGCUAGUUCGAAAGAUCUACUAAUUGCCAAGGAUCACGGUGCCACACCGAAGGAUGGAAUCGGUGGGACGGCACUGAAGAAGAUCGUUACCGGAAGUGAAUCGGAUCCACAAAUUCCUGGCUCGAGUGGUGCAACGGCAAAACCGAAAGCAAAAGAUGAAAUAAAUCAAUCAGCCAGUUCUUCAACCGCAGCGGAGACGUCAAACGGAUCAUCGCUGUCGGUGACACAGCUACAGCACCAGCAGCGAAACUUAGGAGCCAUACCGAAAACAUCACCACCGGGCCGUAGUGCUAGCGUGCGUCGAUUAAGCGUGGAGGAAAAUUAUCCCAGCACGAGCAGCAAAAUCUACAACCGGUCACUUUCCCAGCGGUUGCUAGCGGAACGGAUACCGGAAAACUCAACUGCCGCACCACUGAUAACGUUUCUCAACUACCGUUCGGAUGUGCCAAUUCCUCCGAUCUAUCUACCAGGGAACAGUGCCCUGUCCGAGCAGCAAACGGCUAGCUUCACCUUUCGUCGACCAGCGCCACUUCCAGCACGUCCGUACCGCCAGCUAAACUGUCGUUUGCGAAUGCUUAAAUCGGACGGAGGUGGAAAUGAUGGCGGUGGACCCGGAACAUCAUCGAUGACACAGGCCCCGGGUGUAUCGUCUUCGUCCGGUGCCGGUUCUACCGGAACGGCGAGCGAUUAUUGGCGUGAUGAUGAUAAUAACAACUGUAACUACUGUCUCGAUGCGCUAGAAAAUCCCCAAACGCGUUUGCAAUCGAUUGCAUCGACGUCGACGGCUUCCGGUGCAGGAAGUAGUUUUGCUGCUGGGUACUCUGGCGGUGCGCGCAGUAUCUGUCACGAUGCACUGAUGCCGGGUGCCGUCGGAGAGGUGCCUUUAAAUUUCUACGUCACGGACGAUUCAGACCGAUGGUUGCGGUGUGCGGCGAAUGUGAUAAAGGAACGGUUCGGUGCGUUAAACCAUCAUCUGCACGCGAACCCGUACAUACAUCACCAUCUGCAUCAUCAUCGCACGAUCAGCAUCAGUGGUCCGUCGACGAGUGGAACGACGGGCAGUGUGAUCGGUGGAAUUGGAAGUGGUGCCGGCGGUAGCAGUGGAAUGGCUUCGGGUGGACCAACGGUUGGGACAAUUUCGUCUGCGGGUGAUGAUUUUAAUACCGCUUCGAUUAAUUCGGGAAGCGGUAUUGUGGACAAAACGAUCGUCGCCUCAACGGAUUGCAGUUUGUCGCGUGCGCAAAGCACGAUCGAUGUGGUGCCACAUUCGAUGUUUGGUGAGUCGGGACCAAAGGUGCGUCCGAAGCGGUACUACAAGCUAUCGUUACGAUUUCUGUGCUUCCGGGAGCAUCUGAACAUAUCGAUGAAUCGGUUGCAGCUGUUGGCACUGUUCGAUCGUGAUACGAGCUGGGCCCAGGUGGUGCUAGCGAUCGCACUUUGUACGCUCGUUUCGCUGCUGGGAUCGCUGGUGCUGUAUCUGAAGUUUUACGAAGAUUUGUACGCGUUCCUGUUUUGCUUCGUUAUUGCCGGGAGUCAGUAUUCGCUGCUGAAGAGUGUACAGCCGGAUGCGGCUUCACCGAUUCAUGGGUUUAACAAAACCGUCACGUAUUCGCGCCCAAUCUACUUUUGUCUUUGCUGCGGGUUGCUGUUGGGUGUGCAUCAGUUACUGCGCGAGUACCAACUUGGGUUGACGCACGACAGUGUGUCGAUUGUGCUGUUUGGCUUUUCGAUCUCGAUCGUUGCGUUCCUGCAGUCGGCUCAAACUAUACUGGCGGCGGUGAUACUGUCGUUUCCGUUACUGUUCAGUCUGGGACUGUUUCCGCAGAUAAAUACCUUCACCAUGUACUUUCUGGAGCAGGUCGAUAUGCAUCUGUUCGGUAGCAAUGCAUCGUGCAGCUUGCUUGCUUCGUUUCUAUCUGUAGUGCGAUCGGUUGUCGCCUGUACGUUGCUGUUCGGGCUAGUCUAUGGAGCGCUCUCCGAAACUGGAACUCAGCACGUCCUGUUCUCGAUGUAUUGUGCGUUCCUGGUGACGGUAUCGUACCAUCUGUCGCGUUGUGCGAGCGAUUACACUUAUAUCUGGGCGGUAAUCAAAUCAAGUUUGCUUACGCACUCGGAUUACGACGAUUCAUCGAGCAAGGAAGAUUCGAAAAUAUCAUCCGACUCGUGCGAAGAUGGAAAGGAGGAUGGGCAACGGGCUUCGAGUGGUGAUGGGGGUGGUGACGGUUCGGCCCGUUCGACCGAUGAGAUGAAUCGUGAUUUCGAUGAAGAAGCGGGCCGUGAUGCAGCGGCGAAAGAGCUGGAUGAUCCAUUGCCACGCAAGCUGCAGGAUACGGUAACGGGACGGCUAAAGAAUGAUGCCGUCGUGUGCGUGGUACUGUCGUUGGCCAUGUUUAGCUUGCACUGCAGUACGGUGUUCACGGUACUGCAGCCCGAAAUCAAUCACGUGCUGCAUACGGGUGCCUGCAUUCUUGGUUUUCUGAUGCAUUACAUUGUGCCACAGUUGCGCAAACAUCUGCCAUGGUUGUGCAUCGCAAAACCUAUACUAAAACCGGAAGAGUUUGGCCUAUUCGAGGUGCACAAGCUGUCGAAGAUCAUGUGGUUCGAGACGAUGUACGUGGUGCUGUGCUUCUUCGAGCGUAAUAUACUCUAUCCGCUCAUCUUCAUCAGCGCACUGACCGCGGACUGUGGCCAGAUUGCGGAAAAGUUUGGUCUCACCUUCGGUACGAUCCUGAUCGUAAUGUGCAGUUUGAAAUGUGUUCGUAACGCUUACUCUGACACUGGCAGCCAGUACAUUAUACUCAUAUUUACGGUGCUCUUCUUUCGGCUGGACUACAAACUGUCGAGCGAAACGUUCCUGUUGGACUAUUUUCUCAUUUCCAUCAUCUAUCGUAAGAUUGCGGAAUUUUUGCUGAAGCUACAAUUUGUAGUUACCUACAUUGCACCGUGGCAAAUAACGUGGGGCUCAGCGUUUCACGCUUUUGCGCAACCGUUCAGUGUGCCACACUCAGCAAUGCUGUUUCUACAGACGGCAAUCAGUGCAAUCCUAUCGACACCUCUCAAUCCAUUCCUUGGAAGUGCCAUAUUUCUCACCUCUUACGUACGUCCGAUUAAAUUCUGGGAGCGUGAUUACAAUACUCGUCGCAUCGAUCACUCGAACACACGGUUGAGUUCGCAGCUCGAGCGUGACCUCGGUGCUGAUGAUAACAAUUUAAACAGUAUAUUCUACGAACACCUGACACGAUCGCUGCAACACUCACUCUGUGGCGAUCUGUUGAUGGGUCGCUGGGGAAACGUUAGCCAGGGAGAUUGCUUCGUGCUUGCCUCUGACUAUUUAAACUGCCUUGUACACAUAAUCGAGCUCGGCAAUGGGCUGUGUACAUUUCAAAUGCGUGGUCUCGAAUUUCGGGGCACCUACUGCCAGCAGCGGGAAGUGGAAGCAAUCUCGGAGGAGGUGGAAGAUAAUAUUGGAUGCUGUUGCUGUGCGAUCGGUCAUUUGCCACGCAUGUUAAGUGCCAACGCAAUGUUUACGACACGCUGGUUAGCUUGGCAGGUGAUGGCGUCGAAGUACGUGCUGGAGGGUUACUCCAUUUCGGAUAAUUCGGCUACCGCUACUAUGCAGGUGUUUGAGUUUCGCAAGGUGCUCAUAUCGUACUAUGUAAAGAGCAUCAUCUAUUACACGCUACGAUCGCCAAAGCUGAUGAGCUGGCUCCAGUCGCAGGCAAUUGAGGAAGCGCUCGAACACACCACCGACCGCCAGUUUGUGGAUUUGGAUCCCGUGUUUAACAUCAAUCUGGAUGACGAUUACGAUUCCCGCGUUGCUGGCAUUACGCGCAGCAGCUUCUGGUGCGUGUACGGCGAAUGGAUACAGUUUUGUAGCGACAAAAAGCGCCAACAGCUGCAGGCGGCUCUUAAUGAGCGCACACCAAGGAAAACGGCGGGUGUGGCCAGAGGUGGUACUGCAACCGGUACUGCUUCUGCCACUGGUGACAGUGCAGGUGGUAACUGUUUCGUAUCUUCAUCAUCCAAUGCUAACGUAACCAAAGCAGAUAGUGGUAGCGGUGUGCUUAAGGAUGGGAAAGCAUCUUCAGAUGGAACUGCCGCCACUAAUACUGGAUCAACUGUAUUGGAUGGUUGGGUGGAAGCAGGAUCAACAGAUGUUGGUACGAAUAAGGCGGAAUGUGGGGAAUCUAGUGGAACCAAUGGCAACAACGGGCCAGCAGGUACGUCCUCGAAUGGAGCAUCUAGCGGUUCACAUGCGAACGGUGCGAGCACCUCGAAUAAUGGAUCGAACGGUUCUGCGAACGGAGCGGCCUUUUUCAAAUCGACUCGUGAUUCAUUGGUGACCUCGCUGUGCAUGUCGUUGGCACUGUUGGCCCGAAGAACGCUUGCAACCGCCAGCCACAGUUCAUCGUGUGGUGUGGAAUUCUUUCUCCAUGGAUUGCACGCACUGUUUAAGGGCGAUUUCCGGAUCACUUGUCCCCGGGACGAGUGGGUGUUUGCCGAUAUGGAGCUGCUUCAUGGUGUUGUUGCACCGGCCGUCCGAAUGUCGCUAAAGCUUCACCAGGAUCACUUUCUCUGUCCGGACGAGUACGAUGAUUACACCAAUCUGUACAAUGCGAUCGAUUUCCACACCAAGGAACUGGUGAUAUCGCACGAAGCAGAUCCAUUGUGGCGUAAUGCGGUACUGCGCGGUACACCCAAUUUGCUCGCCCUCCGUCACGUCAUGGACGACGGUUCGGAUGAGUAUCGGGUGAUAAGGCUGACGAAGCGAUUUCUCACCUUUCGCGUAAUCAAGCUGAACCGGGAAUGUGUGCGCGGAUUGUGGGCUGGCCAACAGCAGGAACUUAUCUAUCUGCGCAAUCGCAAUCCCGAGCGUGGCAGCAUACAGAAUGCAAAGCAGGCGCUACGUAACAUCAUCAACUCGUCGUGCGAUCAACCGAUCGGCUAUCCGAUCUACGUUUCACCGCUGACGACGUCGUACGCGGAAACAAAUGCACAGCUUUGUCGCAUAAUCGGGGGUGAAAUAACGCUAGAAAAAAUUCAUUCCAUGUUGAUCCGCACGUGGAAACGCAUCCGGCAACGUUGUCGUGAAGGUUGCAGCAGCGGCAGUGCCAUUAUCGAGGGCGAAAUGACCGAAAUGCAGGGUGUGUACUGUAACACGCCGACGCCAAACAAUACACUUUCCGGCACGGCCGGUACGCUGUCGUACGGCAGCCAAAACAUGUCCAUCUCGGGUGCGGUGGCGAAUCGGGGCAGUAUGGCGAGUAUUAACAAACCGACCAGCUCGACACUGUUGGCCGGGUUUUUGAUACGCGAGCGGGACGCCGAGCGAGAAGCCAUGGCAAUGGGUACGACGGGUGUGCGCGAACGAAGCACGAUCGCUAAGCGGAACGUUGGCAGCACGAGUAAGGAUCGGAUCGAUUGGGGCGCACUGCAGAUAAACAAGCGAGAUUCAUUCCGUGAGGUGUUGGCGGAAGCUGUGGCAGCUGCGGCAGGUGGUGCCGGUGGCAGCGGUAACGAUAGUUCGGUCGGUGCGGAUGACGAAAGUCAGAGUACGGCUGGCGGUAGUCCCAAUGCGACGUUGAAGCAGCAGGGAAGUGUCGAAUCGUCGUCGGGUCUCGCUAGUGGCUACAUCCACAAGGCGAACGUUCCUUCAUCGAUGCUCUCUAGCGGUGGUCCUGGAUUUAGCUCGGCCCUUGCAAGCGGUGGCAGUGGGGUAGCGGCCGGUAGUCGCAUUCCGGGAGUCCCCGGUACGUUGACGUUUACUCUCUCGCCACCGGACGAUUCAGCUUACUCGUUGUUUGUGAUGGCUGAAGGACAGUCGGACGAACCGAAACCCGGCAUUCAGUGGCUACAUUCACCGCCAACGAUUGGACUGAACAAGAAAGUAAUCAUUGUGGAUGCGUCACAGAUUUAUGAUUGUUUAGAUCUCGGGCGUCGAAUCGAUGUAACCUGGCCGAAUGAACAAUUUCGGUCGAGUGGAGGUCGCUCAUCGUGGAAAGAUUGGACCCCACAGGAAGGUAUGGUGGGCAAUGUCGUUCACUAUUGGCAACCGAACCAUCCCGAUCAUCAUUUCCGCUCGAACGUGAAUCGCACCAUUCUGUUAGUGAAGAUUGGCGAACGACAUGUACCGAUCGGUGAAAAGGGCAUAAAGGAGUACAAUACAAUCGGGUUGGUUGCCACCGAUGCUCUCCCAACUGUCGUUAAGAUUGAUGAGUCUGCCAGUGUAGCGCCGGGACGGCAAAAUUCCCUCGAAACGGGAGAGUUUGUUGUACCGUCUGCGGAAUCAACAACAACGGCGGCGAACGAUCACGCCUCCAUUGGGCCGAAUGAUGUGCAAUCAAAUUUGGGUGAGGCACACGUUACUUCCACCUCAUGUGAACCAACGAAUCAGAGUGUUAUUGAAACUCAACCAAAGGGAGAAUUAGAUAGUACGGAACGGGAGUCAUUAUCAGCGGAUGCAUCGCUUACGAAAAAGUAACUGCACUGAAACGGACGAACAACACACGCAUUCGCUGUAACUCGACGCUCGCGAAAGACAUCACAUGUGUUAAUUGUGCAGCUUCAACUACUGGUCCUAUGGUCUGUUGUGGGUGUUUGGUAAGUUGUGGCACAAGCUACAGUAAUAUUGUAAAUAGCUAUUUUCAUCAUCGCCUUAUUCAUGUUAUAGUUGAAUUGUAACGAACCAUGGUUUUGCAUCGAAAUGCUUUUGUCUGUUGGGAUUUUCAUUGCCAAAAACAAAAAAACGAACAGUUGUAAUAGUGUUCCUUAUAUUGGAACAUACCGUUUUUUCCGCUGGAUUGCAACAGCACACCGUUAGGUACUGUUCCGGGUAUGGUAGCGAAAAUGCAACGGAAGAAAGCAGUAUCUGUUAGGAUAGCAGUCUUGAAGAAAAAGAGUAACGCUGAAUGAGGAAUGGAAUGUUGAAACGAAUAUCCCAUAGCGAUUUGCUUGUGAGAAUUAGGUUCCUACCUAAAUGUAAACCGUUACAUAUGCAAAACCGAUAUCGAGUGAGUCAAGUGCGUUGUGUGAAAUGUGUUUUUUUUUUCGUUUUGCCACCGUUUGCUAAACUGUUUUCAGUAUUGCUACGCUUUAGCUACAAAUUUUUUCGUUGUGAACGAUUCACAAACCUCGUCACUUGUUUUAAAUGCAAUAUCAGUGUUUUCUUGUUCUUUUAAUUUGUCAUUACGUUAACUAUUUUUGAAACGCACAGCAAUAGUUUCAAAACGAAAUAUUCUAUUCAAUCUGUUUGCCGGUUUAUGAUAGGCAUUUUGUUCUAACUAUCCGGAUGUGUAUUACAAGCGUCACCAGUAGUUGUUGCAGGCAAUCCCCUCUGUUCUUUUUGUGUUGUUGUAAAAUUUUAAAUUUUUAGCAAAUUUAUAUUAAACACAUAUUGCUUCAGUACGACGCAAGGUUUUUAAACGACUUUUCUUUUACUAGCUAGCAAAAAACAAAAACAACAAAAUAAAUGAAGCAAAAAUCGGAAAGCGCAGGGAAGAAGGUAGACAUGAGUUUUGAAUGGCCCUCAUAAUCAUUGUAUUAGUACGAAUCGAUAAAUCCGUUGCGAUCAAUGGAACUGCGCAUAGAGCGAUAAAGAAAAUCUCCCUCUCCCAACAAAGUGGAAUCGAAAACAUAAACAAAAAACAAACAGACAACUACAAGGGAUCGCGAUGAAAUGUGAUAAUUAACAUUUAAGUGAAGAAAUCAUAUAUCGUGUAACAUAGAUAAAAGAUGGAUCGCUUGCCUCUAUUACGCUUUAGGGAUGGUUUUAAGGAUUGUAAAAAAAGAAAACAAAACAAAAAACUAGAUAGGACCAGGAUUACAAAAAUAAGCGGAUGCGUAAAAAAUCAUACGAAGGAUUUAAAUAGUAAAAACGAAACAUGAUACAUGGAACUAACCAACAAAUGCUAUCGACACGUUUACUCGUUAUACCGAAAAUAAAAUCGUUGAAUUAUUACGUAGAACACGAAUUAAUGUUUACGCAACCAUCAGAAAAGCAAGACAUAGUAAAAUCAGCAUCCUUAUUGCUGCGUGACGAGUAUAUAAAAUACGCCCUUUGGCUGAAAUUAGGCAGUCACGUCAUUUCAGUAAAUGGAAGCCAAUACUGAAGAAUGCUUACAUCCUAAUUUACGAUAUCCACGUUCGUUCGGUGAAUUGACGAAGAUUGUUUUUAGGGGUAGUUAGUUAAUUACUUUACACCGAUCAUCAAUGGGUUGGGAAUGGGAAGCGAAAACGUGGAUGGUUCCCGCGGUAUAUUGUUAUCACAAUACGGAGCUAUUGUUUCCAAAGGGUGUUAUUAGAAUCAAAACGCAGUGAGCGUGUGUGUGAGAGAGAGAGAAAGCGAGAGAGAGAAAAGAUAUAAUACUGUUUUUACUGUCUACUAGAACAUGUUGAUUUGUUCCAUACUAUUUCGCUUUUGUAUGUAUAUAUCGGUUUAAUUAGGGAUGAAACGAAUUGGAUAAAAGGGAUAAGGAGAAACAGAUCGAGAAGCUACAUCGAGAAAGCACACUUACCGCAAAGAGACAAAUAAUGAAUGCUCUUAUCACACGGCUACUAUCUAACGAUCGUGAUAGUGUUAAAACCAAACAAACAAACAAAAAAACACACACACAAGAACGAAACGUGUGGAGCCUGAAUCUUGGAUAAGAUGGGUAGUAUUUUUUUUUCUGUUACAAUUGUAAUCAAACUCGCUCUUGGAAAUCUAGAACGGAUUCACAAGUUAUGCCUUUUUUUAACAAAACAAAAAUAAAAACAACAAAUUUUUCAAACGUA